UUCUGGAGCUUUGUGGAAUUGAUUCACUUCCUGCAGUGCUGCGUUUUCUGCCCAGAGUGGCCUCUGUGCAGAACUGUGAGCAGGGCUGAAUGCUCCACGAUCUUGUCUCCUCGAGACUAGAAGACUCUGCAUGGCAUCUGGUUGCAGUGCCAAGUUAGCUGCUUCUUUGACAAUGAGAAUUUCUGCAAGGGGCCAGAGGAGCACUGCAGAUCCUGCUGGGGCUGUGUCUCGUGUCUUGAUGUCAUCGAGUCAUCCUGACUUCUGCAGCACAAACAGCCAGCAAGCAGUUUCCAAGCUUACAAGCUAAGGGUGACACAUCUGUACCAGCUGAAGCAGCACAGUAUCCUGGUAUCUAUUGGCGAGGAUGAAGAGGGUAUAAAUCCUUUGAUCAUCGUUGUUUGUAGGUGAAAGUCUGGAACCUGGAGAAACGAGAUGGUGGUAAUCCUCUUUGCACACGAAUUUUUCCAGCAAUACCAGGUAACAAGCCCACGGUUGUAUCCUGCCUGACUGUCCACGAGAAUCUUAAUUUCAUGGCUAUCGGUAAGUAAAGCUGAACUAUAAUAGCUUAGGAAAAAUAUUACAGUCCUUACUGAGAGGUAAGGAACAUGAAUAGAUAAUACAAAAACCACCAUAGAAGAUCCUGUUGAUCUUUUUUCUCACUCCAUUGUUACAUUAUCCUUACAGAGAUACUGUGUGUCUUGUGCUACCCUAGAGCUCAAGAACUAAAUGUGUAAAUUUAGCCUAAGUGUAUAUUUUAAACUAAUAACUUUGAUACUUAGAAGCAUGUAUUUUUAGUUGAUGUCCUCUUUUCCCUGCCAGUUGGUAAGGCUACUUAUUUAUUGAACUUCGUACUAAAUUUAGCUUCUGUUGGUACAGGAAAAAAAUGCAAGUUUUGUGAUACCUAAUGUUACAGAGAUACUUUUUCAAGCUUGUUCUACAAACCUUUUUUCAAAGAAAAAAAGCAAAUUUUCCUUUUUGGAUUUGACCGUUCCUUGGUAAUGUUUCUCGCUUGACUCUUCUGACAGAAUAAGAGCAGUAAUAUUGUGAGAUUACAAGUGCUCUCAGCUGACUUGGUCCCUACACUGAAAUCAAAAAAGCUUUUCCCUGUGUGUACAGUGGCUUUCAACCCUGGAACAACUUACAAGACUGGGGCUGUUGUCAAGCUAUGAAAACUGUGUGUUUUACUCUCGAAAAAUCUCCCUCUGGUCUUUUUUACAGUGUGUAGUAUGUUUUGAAUAAGCAAGGGACUUGAAAUUAUAGUUAUAAUUGCAGUAUGGGAAGGCCAUUUGUAAAACAAAAACAGACAAACAAAAUUAAUCUGCAUGUGAAGUUUGUGUGUGGAAAGCAAGUUAACCCUUGCUGAUCAGUGCUAUCUUAUGUGCAGUUGUGUGGCAGCUCUGAACUGUAACUGGAGCAGUGGGAAGUGAUUUGGCAAAGACUGACUUGACAUGAGAACCUGUGGCAAUUCCAUUGCUUUAUACCAUGCUAGUGAGCAUGGUGUUGUUGCUGACUGGAGCUUCCCUAACUUAUGCUGGAUAAAAUUUCAGGUAUGUUGUAUAAGUAAUAGUUUAGUCUCUGCUUCACCAGGUUUUGCAGAUGGGAGUGUUGUACUUACUAAAGGAGACAUCACUCGAGAUCGGCAUAGUAAGACCCAGAUCCUACAUGAGGGCAGUUACCCCGUUACCGGCCUUGCUUUUCGACAGUCUGGCAAAACAACACAUCUAUUUGUGGUGACCACAGAGAACAUCCAGUCUUAUAUGCUUUCAGUGAAAGACUAUCCUCACCUGGAGCUGGACACUCAUGGUUGUGGAUUGCGCUGUUCAUCUCUCAGUGACCCCUCCCAGGAUCUCCAGUUCAUUGUGGCAGGAAAUGAAUGUGUGUACCUUUACCAACCAGACGAACGUGGCCCCUGCUUUGCCUUCGAGGGACAAAAGCUGAUUGUUCACUGGUAUCGGGGGUACCUCAUCAUUGUCUCCAAGGACCGAAAGACUUCCCCAAAGUCAGAAUUUGCUGGGAACGAGGCACAGAAUUCAGACAAACAAGUCCUGAAUAUCUAUGACUUGUGCAACAAAUUCAUUGCAUACAGCUCAGUCUUUGAUGACAUAGUGGAUGUCUUGGCAGAGUGGGGAUCUCUCUAUGUACUGACCAGAGAUGGGAAGAUCCAUGUACUGCAGGAGAAAGAUACACAAACCAAACUCGAGAUGCUGUUCAGAAAGAACUUAUUUGAAAUGGCCAUUAACCUGGCCAAGAGCCACCACUUGGACAGCGAUGGUUUGUCAGAGAUUUUCCGUCAAUAUGGUGAUCAUCUCUAUAACAAGGGAAACCAUGAUGGAGCCAUCCAGCAGUAUAUCCGAACUAUAGGGAAGCUAGAACCAUCUUAUGUUAUUCGGAAAUUCCUGGAUGCUCAGCGUAUCCACAACCUUACUGCUUAUCUACAGAUGCUCCACCUGCAGUCCCUGGCCAAUGCAGACCACACUACACUUCUGCUGAAUUGCUAUACCAAACUCAAAGACAGCUCCAAACUGGAAGAGUUCAUUAAGACGAGUGAGAGUGAGGUCCACUUUGAUGUGGAAACGGCUAUCAAGGUACUUCGCCAAGCUGGCUACUACUCCCAUGCCGUGUACCUGGCAGAGAAGCAUGAGCAUCAUGAAUGGUACCUCAAAAUCCAGUUAGAGGACAUCAAGAACUACCAAGAGGCUUUGCACUACAUUGGAAGACUGCCCUUUGAACAGGCAGAGAGUAACAUGAAGCGAUACGGUAAAAUCCUGAUGCACCAUGUCCCUAAGGAGACCACUGAAUUGCUGAAGAUCCUUUGCACUGAUUACCGUCCCUCGGGAGGUAAUGAAGGCCCUGGGAUGCUAGAAGGAAAAAAGGCUAAUUCAGAGGAGUUCAUCCCAGUCUUUGCAAACAAUUCCCGAGAACUGAAAGCUUUCCUGGAGCACAUGACUGAGGUGCAGGCUGACUCUCCACAGGGUGUCUAUGACACUUUACUGGAACUUCGACUGCAGAACUGGGCACAUGAACAAGAUGAGCAGAUCAAGGAGAAGUUGCACAAUGAAGCCCUCACCCUCCUGAAGAGCGGAAGGUUCAAAACAGUCUUUGAUAAGGCCUUGGUCUUAUGUCAGAUGCACAAUUUCAAGGAUGGUGUUCUCUACCUCUAUGAGCAGGGCAAACUUUUCCAACAGAUCAUGCACUACCACAUGCAGAAUGAGCAGUACAAGAAGGUGAUUGAGGUAUGCGAGUUGUAUGGCGACCAAGAGGCUUGUCUCUGGGAACAGGCUCUUAGCUACUUUGCACGGAAGGAGGAGAACUGCAAAGAGUAUAUUGCUGCAGUGCUGAAACACAUAGAGAACAAGAAUCUCAUGCCUCCGCUGCUUGUUGUGCAGACGCUGGCUCAUAACUCCACGGCCACCCUGUCUGUGAUUAAGGAUUAUCUUGUCAACAAGCUGCAGAAGCAAAGCCGCCAGAUAGAGCAGGAUGAGCAGAGAAUUCAGAAAUACCGAGAAGAAACUACGAGGAUCCGCCUGGAAAUUGAAGAGCUAAAAGCAAGUCCCAAGAUUUUUCAGAAGACCAAGUGUAGCAUUUGCACGAGUGCAUUAGAGCUUCCUUCAGUCCACUUCCUGUGCGGUCAUUCCUUUCACCAGCACUGCUUUGAAAGCUACUCUGAGAGUGAUUCAGAAUGUCCUACUUGCAUGCCAGAAAAUCGCAAAGUGAUGGACAUGAUCCGAGCCCAGGAGCAGAAGAGAGAUCUGCAUGACCAGUUUCAGCAUCAGCUCAAGUGUUCAAAUGAUGGCUUCUCAGUCGUUGCUGACUACUUUGGUCGCGGCGUCUUCAAUAAGCUCACUCUGAUCACGGACUUGCCCUCGGGAAAGACCGCUACAACGAUCGAGGCUGGCCUGCAGCGGGAGCUGCUUAUCCACACCAAGCGCAGUACCUGACUCCAGGCCCUGUCCACACGCCCUCUCGUGUUGUACGGGGUCCCCCGUUGUGUCCUCGGCCCCCUGUAUUUGGCUUCCCCCCUUGGCCCCCAAUAAAGCAGCGUGGUCGGGCA